GGGAAUGCACGUAUGUCAUAGCUGUAGAAAAACCAUAAUAACAUUAUUUUAAGUGUAGAUUAUAGUUGCAAUAAUGACAGCAGUUAAGCAAAAUACAAAACGGUCUAAAUGGGCUUUGGAUUUUGCUCACAAAAAUAAGCAAGAAAAGAAUGCGGACAUUGCUUCUCCACCAGGUUAUACACCAGCUGUUGCUUUAUUUCAUGCUGCAGAUUCUAUUAGAGAAACAGAUUCCAAUCAUUUGAUAAUAAAAAAAUCAUGGGAUCUAGCCUUAGGACCUCUGAAACAGGUUCCAAUGAAUUUGUUUAUAAUGUAUAUGGCGGGUAAUUCCAUAUCAAUAUUUCCAAUUAUGAUGGUUGGUAUGCUAAUCAUCAGGCCAGUGAAGGCAUUGUUUGUUCUUCAGCAAACAUUUAAAGUAAUAGAAGGAACUCAUGCAUUUGGUCAAAAAUUUGUAUAUUUUUUGGGACAAUUGGUGAAUAUUGCAUUAGCACUAUAUAAAUGUCAGUCCAUGGGAUUACUUCCAACGCAUGCAUCUGAUUGGUUAGCAUUUGUGGAACCACAAGCAAGGUUGGAAUAUUCUGGUGGUGGAUUUAUUUAUGUAUGACGUAAAAUAUAGUUAAAUUCAUGUUAUAUAUGCAUCAGAAAUAAAUAAUUAUUGUAUA